UCUGGACUCAGCAGCAGGAGCCAGGAGGAGAGCCGGCCGCUCGCAGACACGCACGCACGGUGGCAGGAGAGAGUACGGAGCUGCCCCUGCCAGCCCUAGGGCCACUGGAGGGAAGAGAGGAGAGAUGGAGCCAGGGCUGCCCGCAGAGACGCCGCCGGCCCGCGGCCCCGUCGCGGCUACCUGCAGCCCCCCGCUGCAGCCGGGCAGCGCCGGGAUUUUCGCCGCCGCCGCGGCGUCCCGCCCCGACGUGGCUCCGCCGUGGUGUGGCGGCCCCCGCUGCUGCUGCUGCUGCCGCCGCUGCCCCCCGCCCGCCGGCCGCCCCGCCGACGCCGAGAGCGGCGCGGUCCCCGCCGCCCGUCCUGCGGCUGCCGCGGCCGGCCCUGGGGCCGGGGCCGCUCCGGCGGCGGACCCGGCGGCGGCGGCCGCCGCGGCUCCUCCUCCUCCUCCGCCUCCUCCACGGCCGCCGCCGCCGCGGGGCCCUAAAGCCGCCCGGCUCAAGAGGAUGGUGCGGCUGGCUGCCGAGCUGCUGUUGCUGCUGGGGCUGCUCCUGCUCACCUUGCACAUCACCGUGCUGCGCGGCGGCGGCGAGCCCGCCGCCCCCCCGGGCGCCGGCAACCACAGCCAGCGGCAGAACACACUCGCUGCAGAUGACCAUUCUUCUGAAGAUGGCUUCACCCUGAACCCUGAGGACAGAAGAGAAUACCCUGAUCUCCAGGCUGCCCACCGGCCGUUCCCGAAGCAGCGAUUCAGGCAGGAAAACGGGCAUACGUCCCUGCAAAGAGAUGGACCCAGAUCUUUCCUCCUGGAUCUCCCAAACUUUCCUGACCUGUCAAAAGCAGAUAUCAAUGGGCAGAAUCCCAACAUUCAGGUUACCAUUGAAGUGGUGGAUGGCCCCGACACUGAGGCAGACAAGGAUCUGCAGAAAGAAAGCAGCAAGCCCAGCUGGCCAGUCCCAUCACCCGACUUGAGAAGCUGGUGGCAGAGGUCCUCCACCUUGACCCGCAUGAGCAGCGGUGACCAGGACUACAAGUAUGACAGCAACACUGAGGACAGCAACUUCCUAAACCCACUCAGUGGGUGGGAUGGUCACACACCCAGUCACCGGACAUUUGAGUCCAAGGAGCAGCCAGAGUAUGAUUACAUUGAUGGUGAGGGAGACUGGAGCCUGUGGUCCCUUUGCAGCGUCACCUGCGGGAGCGGCAGCCAGAAGCGGACGAGGUCCUGUGGGUACGCCUGCACCGCCACCGAGUCCCGCACCUGCGACAGGCCCAACUGCCCAGGGAUCGAAGACACCUUCCGGACAGCGGCCACAGAAGUGAGCUUACUCGCGGGAAGUGAAGACUUCAACGCUACCAGACUGUUUGAAGUUGAUACUGAUAGCUGUGAGAGAUGGAUGAGCUGCAAAAGCGAGUUCUUGAAGAAAUAUAUGCACAAAGUGGUCAAUGAUCUUCCCAGCUGCCCAUGCUCCUACCCCAGAGAAGUUGCAUACAGCACUGCUGAAAUCUAUGAUCGAAUUAAGAGGAAAAACUUUCGCUGGAAAGAUGCAAGUGGUCCAAAGGAAAAACUGGAGAUCUAUAAGCCCACUGCACGAUACUGCAUCCGCUCCAUGCUCUCUUUGGAAAGCACGACGCUCGCAGCACAGCACUGCUGCUACGAUGAUAAUAUGCAGCUCAUCACCAGAGGGAAAGGGGCAGGUACGCCAAACCUGAUCAGCAUCGAAUUCUCAGCAGAACUCCAUUACAAAGUGGACAUUCUGCCUUGGAUUAUAUGCAAAGGUGACUGGAGCCGAUACAAUGAGGCACGGCCUCCAAACAAUGGGCAGAAGUGUACAGAAAACCCUUCAGACGAAGACUAUUACAAGCAAUUUCAAGAAGCAAGAGAAUACUGAGAAGAUUUUCCUCCUCUUCAGACACAAAGUAGCAUUCGUUUCCUGGAUGCCAAAGAACUGAUAAUGGCUGCUGCACUGUCUCCUUGACAGGGGUUGAUCAGUUUCUUUCUAAUGAAUGUAUAUAGUUGUAAGAUAAUACAUAAGUAUUUUUCUUAGUGUGUGUAAUUUAUAAACACAUAUCUGUCUAUCUCACACACACCUGUUUUUACAUACAGACAUACAUAAAAUUUGUCCUGGUAGGAUUUUAUACUGCAAUAACAUUCAUUUAAUAAUGUGCAUUUCAUUUUAUUCCCCAACUACAACAUUAAGCGGGGGGUGGAGCAGGGGUGCAGCUGCCAUCGCCAUCCCAAGGCCCCAGCUAAGGAGGGCACAUAUUUAAAAGUUGUUAUAAACAACAGGCUUGAAGAAUAUUCAUCCAUAUGGGAAUGGUUUACAAGAUUAAUGCACCUACAGCAUCAAUUUUCUCUAUAAUUGAUUUCAUGAUUAGUCAUACCUAAGAAAGGAAGAAUUUUUUCUGUUUUUGAAGGGUGAUACACGGAUGUUAGUGUAGACAGUUACCAGCAAUUUUUUUCUUGGAAUUCUUCCUGUUACCUUCUAGCGCAGGUUUUUGCAGUCUGUACGGUGUAGGCUUGCAGGGAGACGUAGCUGUGGUCUUCCUGUAGAGCAGAAGUCCUGGUGCAGCGGUUCUGCAGGAGUUAGAACCAGCCCACUCUGGGAGACAUCUCAGAUGUGCAGCUACAGCUGUCAGGGCUUGCAUCUGACACCGGGCAGUGACCUGUAAACUAAGUGUGCUGUAAGUCUCCGGAGGAGUGAGGCCAGGAGAGGAAAACCUAAAAAGAGAAAAAAAAAAAAAAAAAUCACUGUUACUUCCCAAUUUUUAAUAUGAAGAAUGUUUAGAUAUGCUUGUUUCUUUCUUUUAAGAAAAUAAGUUUAUUUUUUAAAUUAAAAAAAAAAGUGAAGUACACAUUUCAAACUCCCUGAGAUAAAGCAUGCAACCAGCUCUUUUCCCCCAUUCAUCACAUGCUAAGUGCACAGUGUCUUACAGAAGAAGCUAUUCUUUAAGGAAGCUGUCUAGGAGGAACCAUUGAUGUGUUAAAAUGACUUCAAUUUUUUUGAAAGUUAGCAUUAUUUUUGUAAAGUAUUUAUUGAAUUGUAAGAAUAACUCACAUGUGGGCUACGUCUCCAACAUGAAAGGCUUCUGUAGAUGGAACUUGAUUGCCAAGAAUAAGACUGGGUUUAGGCAAAGGUUUUAAUUCUAAAUUUUUAUAAAGUGCAAAUUUACAUACAUAAUUCUGUAAUUAAGCAGCUGAUAGCAUUCUUACGAAAGCUAAAAAUUACACCAUGGGUAAAUAAAUACUUACAGUUCCAUCCUGUAAAA